GAAGGAGAAAGAUGAAUUGGCAGGAAAGUUCAGGUUUGGCAAGACCAUUUUGAUCACGGAUCUCAACUACAAGUGCCAAGCGAACUCAGGGGGAACAACGAACAUCCAGUAUGGGCUCGAUGAGAUGGGAUAUGUCGUCACGGUCAUUGACAUCAACAGCUUCAAGAGCGUGACCAGAGCCCAGAAGUUCCUCGAUGCAGUCGAGCACUUGAUCAAGAGCGUGAUGCCAAACAUUAUUGUCGAGGAGAAUGUGACCAUUCAUUUCUGGAUAUCUUUUGCAUUCCUCAUCACGGACACUCAUCCAUACCACGUUUGGGUUGAGAGGAACUAUGCAGAGAGGCUCGCCGAGGCGAUCCGAAGAGUCGACAAGUUGGCAACGAGACCAAUCUUUGUAUCACUCUGCAAAGAUCCAAGAUUUCAUGGUAUCCGAUCGGGCAUCCAGGAUAUCGCCAUUGAUUCUGCCGACAUCCUGAGGAGCUUUGGAAUCAUGGUUACGACUGAUGAUGGGAUGUGGCGUUGCGAGCACGGUGAGAUCCUCAUGAAAGCGCUGUCGCACUUUGGUAUGGUCAGAGUUCCCAGAGAUCGAGUCAAACAGAUCUUCGUUGGGAAACGCGGAAGACAAUACGGUGUCAUCCGAGAGGAGUUCACUUUGGGUGAAGGCAAUGAUGCCCAUGAACGAUUUGCAUAUCGUGCCGACCCAGGCGAGCUUCUUGCGGGCCUGGAAGCAUCCAUCAACAUCUUCCAUGGAACGACAAGAUCUACCACAACUCCAAAUACGAAGAGAGGUGGAUCAAGGAUCACCGAACCUACCAACUAUGAGGAGACGUUGGUGAACCAGAUCCUACGAACCAUUGAUGUGGUGAGGAGGUCGUUGGAAGCAACGGCCAAUCCCGAUGGUCAAACCCAGGUGGGCUUGGUGUUUGCAGCCGACUAUUGUGUCUUGAGUCUUGAGAUGUCCUUGAAGGAAGAAGAGGAUGAGGAGGACGACUCUGACCCAGACUUUGAUCUCUUCGACUUUGACGACACCCAGGUGAAGAGGUGUCCCUUGUGGCUGGCGGCCAAGUACGGUCAUGAUGAGGUGAUCCGAUUACUCCUCCACGCCAAGGCGGAUAAGGAGAGGGUAGCUCCAGAUGGCUCCACUGCACUGAUCGCUGCCUGCAGUGCGGGGCCGCACACCACUGCUGCAGUUGCAACGCUGCUGGCAGCGAAGGCACACUUUGAAACCAGUGAUGACGCGGGCAUGACAGUGCUAGGAUAUGCGGCCAGGGCUGGCUUUCCAGAGGCGGUGCGACAGUUGUUGGAGGCCAAAGCCAUGCAGGUCUGGGAUGGCAAAGGUCGCACUCCUCUGCUGUGGUGCGCAGCUGAGAAGGGCAGCCGCUUCGUGGAGGUGGCCAAACUGUUGUUGCAGCACGCUGCGGAAGUGAACGCCACGAGUGAUCACGGCUCACCCCUCACCUCGGCCGUCCCGUCUGCGGACGCCGGGAUGACCUGUGCUCUUCUCGAGGCCCGGGCAAAGGUGAACCAACCGGACCAGUUCAGUCAGUCCGCUCUCUGGCUGGCUUGCCGUUAUGGCCGGAAGGAUCUGCUGGAUCCACUGCUGACUGCCAGGGCGGAUGUGGAACAAACGGAUGCACAUCAGGUCUCGCCUGUCGAGUGCUGUGCUUUGUUUGCAGAGGAUGUGGAGAUGGUGAAACAGUUGGUGCAACUCGGUGCCAGCACUGAAAAGUUGCUGGACCAAUGGGAAGAGAUGCGACAAAUGGCCUGCUGCGACGAUGAAGACUUGGAAGACGUCACAGAGUACAUUGAAGUCUUGAGGGCCGCCAAGAUCUUCGUUGGGCUCAUGGUGAAUCCGCCACAGCUAGGUGAUCCAUCCUAUGAACUCUUUCAAAAGGAAACCUCUGGCAUCUUUGAAUCCUUGAAGAGGCGUGCCUUGCGUCUGACAGAUGCCUUGAACAAAGUCCCGGGUAUUUCGUGCCAACCCAUCGACGGAGCUAUGUAUGCUUUCCCUUCAGUCAAACUGCCACCCAAAGCCAUUGAGGAUGCAAAACAGAAGGACCAAGAACCAGAUGGUCUGUGGUGUUUGGAGCUGUUGGAAAAGACGGGCAUUGUCACGGUGCCAGGAUCUGGUUUUGGACAGAUGGAUGGCUCCUUCCACUUCCGCACCACCAUUCUGCCACCGGAUGAGCUCUUAGAGGAAGUGGUGAAGAAACUCAUGGUUUUCCAAGAGGACUUCAUGAACAAAUAUGGUGAGUGUAAUGGUUCAGGUGGUUACUGA